UUCAGCAGCUGCUGUUCACACACACACAGAGGCGCUUCAUCGGUCCUCUGAUCGAUUUGGAGCAGCUGAUAUCUUUCGAUACUACGGCCGAUGAUCACUAAUAAGCGGAAUAACCACUGAAAGAUUGAUAUUUUUCUUGGUCUCCAUCCGUCUGCUCCGGGCCGCUCCAUGCAGGGGAGCGGCUGAUUUAUGGGCCGCUAUCCGGUGAGCCUGUCCAGACUGAAGCUGGGGAAGCUAAAGGUGGUGCGGCGGCAGCUGCUGCAGCGCUAUGAGCACCAGCCGUUUGUCUCGUGUCUGGCCGGCCUCUACGGCUGCCAGUGGAGACGCUACCAGCGUGCCAAAGCCCAGCCGGGGGAAUGCUGCUGUAGUCGGUUGGAGUGUGGUAGUUUCGCCAUCCUCAUCGUAACGUUUUUCCUGACCCUGAUAUUCCUGUACUUCUGGAGUGAGGCGCAGAAUGACUACAAUGACUUCGACUGGUUUAACUUUGGGAAUCUGGGAUUCUGGUUCCCGUGGUCAGUGGUGUUGUUGGUGGUCGCUGCCGUACUCUUCACCUACAUCGCCCUCCUGUUGGUCUUAGCGGUGUGCCUUCUCUCUGAAGGACAGAGGCUUUACCUCCACUGGAGCCACAAGAUUGGUAUCCUGGUGACUCUAGCUUUCUCUAUCAGUGCCACAGCUGUGCUCUCUGACUUAUGGAGCAAAGAAUGGACGACGCUGCUCCUUUCAUUUCAGAUCACAGCACCCUUUCUGCACCUGGGCGGAGUUUCCCUAAUGACACUUCUGUCCUGGCCAAUAGCCUUACACUUCUUUCGCAUGAACAAGAGAGUGAGGCAGGUUGCUAUCCUCAGUCUGUACUUGGCGGUUCUCUUCACCCUGUAUCUGGUGCCGUUGGGCAUGUACUCCCCCUGCAUCAAAGUGGAGGGCACGCUGGGGCCAGCACCCACUCUCAUUGGGCAUAGAGGAGCACCCAUGCUUGCUCCAGAAAAUACCCAGAUGUCCUUUGAGAAGGCUGUAGAAGUAGGAGGAGAGGGGCUGGAGACAGACGUCACAAUCAGUUUUGAUGGCGUCCCAUUCCUGAUGCACGACAGCACCCUGAGGAGGACAACCAACGUGCAUGAAGUGUUUCCCAACCGGACGAAUGACCCGGCGGCCAUGUUCACCUGGGCAGAGCUGGAGAUGCUCAGCGCUGGGUCCUGGUUUCUUCGGAAGGAUCCUUUCAGUACAGCCGCCUCUCUCGAUAUAAACGAGAGGGUUCAGGUCCAGAACCAGACUGUACCAACACUGAAAGAGUUCCUGAAUCUGGCCGCUCGGCACGAGAGACUGGUGAUCUUCGACCUCAGACGUCCACCCCGAGGCCACCCGUACAGGGACACGUGGAUCACUCGCACCCUGGAGGUCAUACACAACGAGUCCUUCAUUAACUCCAGUCAGGUGUUGUGGCUGCCGGCUGAUCAGAGGAGUGUGGUACAGGAGCUGGAUCCAGAGUUGCAGCAAACUUCUGGAGAUCAUGCGUCGAUAGAGGAGCUGCAGGAGGAACAUAUAGUCCGACUCAACCUCCAUUACAGCUCCAUGUCACAGGAUCAGAUCAGAAAGUACGCCUCUGUGAACAUCAGCACUAACCUGUACGUGAUCAGUCAGCCGUGGUUGUAUUCACUGGCAUGGUGCGCCGGCGUUCAUUCGGUCACUACCAACGCCCUGCACAUCCUUAAGAAACUGCAGCGCCCCCUGUUCCUCAUGACUCCAGACGAAUACAGUUUGAUGUGGAUUCUGACAGAUAUCGUCUCUGCUUUCUUCAUCACUGCCGUUUUCAUAUUCCACUGGUGGCGUGAGCGAGGUUUACCCUUCUGGUCCGGUAGUAGACAGGUCAAUGAGAAUGGACCAUACAGCAAGUUCAGGACUGAGCUGAGCGACGUCUGGUCCAUCUCCAGCAUCAGUGUCCGUGGAGAGGCUCAGAGCUCGCCCCUCGCUCCCAAUCUGCCCACCAUUUCUGAGGAACCGCCCAUCUGAAAGGACAACAGAGAGAUCUGUGGAAGGCAUGAAGCCUGCAUCGCUGUCAGCAUCAUCGCUAUAUCAGCAGCAUCAUCAUGCAAAAUAUAGACAGUUUUCAUAUAUUCUGGGGUUUAUACUUUGGCAGUACCUUGAAAUUCAUGUACCAUGGAGUUUACAUGGUACUCGGGUACUCUGAGAGGUCAUUCAUAGAAAACAUAUGUUAGUGAUAUUUUGUUAAAAAUAUCAACUGUAUUUGACCAAUUCUUUUCUGAAUUGGUGGCAUUAGAUGAAUCGAUCAUCCAGCUUCUUUUGCUUCUGUGAAGUUCGUUUUUAUCAAAGACAGAAUUUGGCUAUUUUUCAAUGCAAGCCUGAUUACUGCAGAAUGACGCAUGGUAAAAUAGAGAGUUUUGGAAAUGAUGUCAGAUCCAUUGCAUGGUGUGAUAAAUUUGACAAAACAUUUACAAUCGGGAAGACGACGGUAAAAAGCCAAACGGACAAUCUCGAUUUGAAAGAUUUCGAUGUUGGGAUUUUUGACACUGGAAUUGCUGAUGUGAAUUCGAACGCAACUUCUUGAGUUGUAUAGAAGUGCUCUGGCUACUGAUGAACUUGGAAAUGUCUUUAUUUUGGAAGUGGUCGUGCGUGAGCUCAUCGUACCGCAGACAUGCAGCAUGUACUUCAAACAGUGAGUGCUGGAUCGCAUACAUGUUUUCUUGCUCUUUUCAUGGGAUGCUGCCUGUAUAAAAUGCAAUGCCUAGCGUGAUUUCUAUUUACUUAAUCUUUCGAUGUAACUCGAGACUGUAAAUAUGAUUGUAAACUGACCUUAAAUAAUAUUCUGAUCUGAUAUUGUCAGAUUUUUUUUUUGUUUUUGUCUCUUUUUGUUACUCUAUCAUCAGCACUUACAGCCUAAAUAAAAAUAUUUUUAGCAGACUCAA